AUGUUUCGCGUGCCUGGGAUCGUAUUGGCAUCCGUAGUAUUGCUCACCACAAUGGUAUUGUUAUUGUUUGAGGCCAACUCAGCACUCAACCGUUGGGCUGACAAACGGUGGAGGUGGGGAAAUGAUGUGGAGUCUUGGAAUUGGAAAGAGGAGCUUUGUGUCAUCACUGGCGGUUCUAGGGGCAUUGGCGCUGAGGUUGUGAAGAAGCUCACAUCUCAUGGUAUUAGAGUCGCGAUCUUGGAUGUGGAAGCCCCAUUGAUCAGCCCGGAAGAUGAGGGGGCGAAGUUGGCGUUCUUCUACCGUUGCGAUAUUACUUCGAAGGAUGCUGUCCGCAAAGCAGGACAGGCAAUUCGUUUGCAACACGGCAGUGCUUCAAUCUUGAUCAAUAACGCCGGAAUAGGCAACGCCAACAGUAUCAUGGAGAUCACCCCAGAGCGUCUCAGAUCAAUAUUUGACAUCAAUCUCCUCAGUCAUUGGUACACCGUACAGGAAUUCCUUCCAGACAUGCUAACGCAACGGAAGGGUCAUAUCAUGUCUACGGCAAGUAUGGCUGCAUUUUUGGGGUUAGCGGGAAUGGUCGAUUACAGUUGCACCAAAGCUUCACUCACCGCUUUCCACGAAGGGCUCAUUCAAGAGUUGAAGCACCGUUACAAAUGCCCUGAGAUCAAGACCACUAUCGUCUACCCUAACUGGACAAAGACGCGACUGGUAACUGCAAUUGAGGAAGGUAUCAGGAAGGUCAAGCAUCCGAUAGUGGAACCAGCAGUUGUAGCUGAAGCUAUGGUCCAGCAAAUCAUACAUGCCCGAAGUGGUCAGCUUAUCCUUGGGCCUAGCAUUGCUGCCUCGGUCCGCGGAUUUCCUACUUGGCUGCAAGAGCUCAUACGAGAUAGUAUGGCGCAGGUGGUCACGGCGAAUGCCACUUCUGCCACAAAGCAGGGCGAAUAG